AUGCUCCAUACACCACACACCAUUCACUACUCACCAUUCACCAAACAGUACUCACUCCAUACAGUACUCACUCCAUACACCAUUCACUACUCACCACUCACCAAACAGUACUCACUCCAUACAGUACUCACUCCAUACACCACUCACUCCAUACACCACACACCACACUCCACUCACCAUGCAUUACUCACUCUACACAGUACUCACUCCAUACACCAUACAACACACUCUACUCACUCCAUCACCGUACACCAAACAGUACUCACUCCAUACACCAUACACCAUACACUGCUCACUCCAUCACCAUACACCACACAGUACUCACUCCAUCACCAUACACCACACAGUACUCACUCCAUCACCGUACACCACACUCUACUCACUCCAUACACCAUACACCACACAGUACUCACUCCAUCACCACACACCACACUUCUUAGUCCAUACUCAACUCACUCCAUACACCAUACAACACACUCUACUCACUCCAUCACCAUACACCACACACUUCACCUCACCACAACUGUCUCAUUCUGCAACCAAAUUAUUGCCUAA